CAUCACAUGCGGUAAAUAGAAUAAUAUAAGCUUAGAAUUAUGGAUGCUGUUAAUAGUGCCAGGGCACGACUUAGAAAGUAUCCAGUUCUAGUUGCGCAGUGUCGCAAAACAGGCACAGCAUAUGCAAGGUGUGUUAUAAAAUCAAGUAAUAUCAAGAAGGAUGAUUGCAAAUCUGAGUUUGAGAAUUUCAAGAAUUGUUUAGUAAAUGCUGCAAUGAAGAACAAAACAAGAUUGUAAUGUUCAUUAUUGAAGCAUCCAUAAAUUUAAAAGUACGGUGUAGUAUGGUAAUGUAAUACAUGAAAAUUUCUGUAGUGAA